AUGGCGUCCAGAUUGGAAAUGAACGUUAGCAUGGCACUGCUUGCAGCUGUGGUGUGCAGCAUAGUGGGUCAUUGCGAAAUGUCCGUAUACCCAGGACUACGCCGCCGACCCAUACAGGCCCCCGCUAUGGAUCCGCAGAACGAACAGGAAUACGCUUUCCUUGCCCAAAUGAUGGAGCAGUACGCCCGCCGCCGGCUUCAGCAUCAAUUUGACCAGCAGCUGCACGAGAUAAACAUGAAGCUGGAACGCCAGCGGCAGCUGCUCGAGAUGGAGCGCUACCGCCAGCGACAGCAGGAGCUGCAAGUGGAGCGUGAGUCGGAGGAUGACUAUGACGGUAACCUUAACAACUUGAACAACCAGCAGUACGACCAGUACGACAACGCGGAGGCCGAGCCCAGCUACGGCAGUCCCAUCAGUAAUGUGCCCGAUAUCCACUCGCCGGUGUAUUUGCCCAGUCUUCCAAAUCUUCCGAAUCUGCCCAGCCGCCACGGUCUUCCCAACUUAGGUCGGAAUAGUGUACCACGCGAGAGGAUUCCCUUCGCGGUGGGACCCAACGAUGCGCGCUUUUUCGACAACCCGAGCGAUCCCUCGGGCGAGCUGGACUCUCGAGCCCUAGAGGACUACGAGGAGUAUGCUCCAAUUCAGCCCACACCCGAGGCGGCGACGGCUACCAUCAAGACGAAGAUUGACACGCCAGUUCAUGCACCUGUCCCAGUGGAGCCGCCCAAACUGUUCGAUGCCGCCAAUGACAACUUCCAUCGUAUCAAUCCCAACUCAGCGGCCGCCGCAGCUGUAGCGGGUGUUAAUAUACCCCAGGGUAAGGAUCAAACACCCCACAAGCUGAACGCCCUGAUCAGUAAGCUGCAGAAGCAGAGCAAGUCCCCGCAUGUGACUCUGGUCAAUGGAGGGGGCGAAGCCAAUUCCGAUCAGAUUGUGCUUCGCCAGCACAUGGGAAUGAGUAGCGAAAUGGGUGUCUACAUUGUGGCCUUGAUAGCGGGCAUGAGCGCAGCGGUGACUGUGGGACUUCUAGCGCUAGGAGUGACCUGGGUCCAGAAUCGGAGCAAAGCAGCAGCGGACGUGGACUACCCGGCGUAUGGUGUGACCGGACCCAACAAGGACGUCUCGCCCUCGGGCGACCGCAAGCUGGCCCAGAGCGCCCAGAUGUACCAUUACCAGCACCAGAAGCAGCAGAUCAUAGCCAUGGAGAACUGUCAGGCUACCGAUGGCAGCUGUGGAAUGUCCGACGUGGAGAGCGAUGACGACAACGAGGAGGGCGACUACACGGUGUACGAGUGUCCCGGCUUGGCGCCAACCGGUGAGAUGGAGGUAAAGAAUCCACUCUUCCUGGACGAGACGCCGGCCACCCCGGCCAACAAUCUCUCCUCGGCGGCUGCUACCAACAACAACAUUACCCAGGCCACUCCCCAGCAGCCACCCACCCUGAAGAAGGGUACGGUAAAGCCGAACAUGAAUCUGUUGAAUGCCGCCGCCACAGCUGCCGCUGCCGCUGCCGCUGCAGCUGCUACUGGGCCAACUAAUGGAGACGAGUCGAAGCAGAAGCGCAAGAGCAAGAAGUAAGCUGGAGAUUGGAUCUUUUUUCCCCCUUGGAAAUGCCCGCAGGACGUGGCAACUGGUAAAGUUUGACUGAUCCAUUGUCAGCCAAAUCCCACACAAACAGAAACGCAGAUCAUAAUAGAAAUUUGUCUAUUCCAUGGAAUCUAAUUCCCCGGCUGCAGCCCGCUCGAGUGCGCAAGAAAGCUUACACAUAACAUUCCAGAUGGCAAACCCAGAUACUCGUACACACACGGCAACUGUCUCUUAUCUUCCCUUUGAAUAAGCAUAUAAGUCCUAUUACAUGUGGCAUUGUAUUGUAUCGUAAUCGCAUCGCUAUGGUAUAUGUCAAGCUUCCCAGUGCAUCUGUUCAGCCCAUUGCAAAUCCCAACCCCAACCCCAUCCCCAGCACCCAACCCCAGUCGAAUCCAGCUGUCAGUUGCAGAAUGGGGAAACCAGGUUAUGGCAUUGCAUUGCCUUCACCUGUGCACAUUCAAGCGCAAUUGAUUCUCUCUUUACAAUCCAAGAUCUGUACUUAUUUAUGUCAUAGGACAAUUACCCGCACAUACUCGUAUGUGUAUAUUAUAUAUGUAUAUUAUAUAUUGUAUAUCAAACUCUUUUUUGGUUUCUGCAACUGGAAUCAAUUUAUAUGGGAAGCAUACUUAAAAGUCUGGAGCAAAGGGCGGCCACAAGGCGAGCAACCAACUAAAUGCUAACUAACAUAUUAUAUUAUUAUAUACAUACACACACACACACAUAUUGAUAUACACAUAGAUAUAUAUUCAUGUAAUUAUUGUAUACAUACAUACAUACAUACAUAUGUACAUAUACCCGGGAUUGGGAACGGAAGCGCAACCGGAAUUCCCCUUUUACUUCGUAACUUCGUAGCUAACUAUCUUUUUUAUUUUUACUACGCUUUGUGAUCGAAUCCUAAAUUAUCUGUGUCAAUUUAGAAAUACAAUUCUGGUAACCAAAUCCAACACCUAUACCCACUCACACAUAGGUAUGUACUAUUAGAUUGGAGAAGAGAUACGAGAGAUACUAUGUUUUGAGGGAGGCAUUAUUUAGCGGAGAAGAGAAUUAUUUACAAUUAAAACUUAACAGUAAUUUCCCUGCACAUUCAUGUAAAGUAAAUGAAAAACGACUGAUAACACACAAAAGAUAACACGCGUCUAUUGUACAAAAAUGAAAACGAAAUGAAAAAGAAAUGAAAAUGAAAUGAAGGAACGAUUAAGCGGGAUACGAGUACAAUUUAUUUACUGACUAGCAGAGAAAACUAUCAGCGGAAACAAAUCCAACAAACAAACAAAAAACCCAAAGAGAAACAGUUAUAAGAAACUGUAACGAAACAUUUGACUAUUAUUAUAAUAUAUUCCCAACUGCUGUAAAUAAAACAUGAAUCGUUUAGGAGGAGGAGGAGGUAGACAGAGAGCUAGCUAAAGCUGGGAACCAUUGCGGCCGAAACAAUACACUGAAGACAGAAUUGAAGAACUAACGAGUUGAAAAACCAACCAAAAAAACCCAAAAAAACCUAAUUGAUUGAUUGAUUACUAGAACAUGCAAAGCAUCUGGUGGAGGCAUUGGAAAUUGAAUUUGAAAUUUAAAUCGCAACUGACUUGGCAACAAUAAAAAUGCAAGCAGAGCAGCAUAUGUAUGUACGUUGAGCGUAAUGUUGAGUUUGAAAUAUAUAUUUUAUGGUGUUUGGCUAGAGACACGACAAAAUAAUCUGAUUGAAAC